CAGCCACAAAUUCUGGAUCCACUAUAUUAUUCAUCUAUUUGACCAAAACGAAAUAUGAAUGUUGCUUAGCUAUGCUCCACUUUGAUGUUUUGAUGGGCAAGCAUAACCAGACAUGCCCAUCCACCACCCCAACAGCCAUAACCAUUCUAGCUACUUUCACAUGGUUUUGCCUCCCAUGAAUCCCUGCACAAUGAAAGCUACACUUAGGGUGGCUGCCUCUGGCUGUGAGUAUAUAACCAAACCCACUUCCAUUUCCAUCUAACCUAAACAAACACAGCCAUUUUAGUGUCCCAAGACCAUAUUCCCUUUUUCUUCAAUACCAAAUUCAUUGUUUGCUUGUUAGUUUGAGGAGACAACAUGAUCAGUACUAAGAACCUCAGCAGAGUAGCAAGGAAGUGGCAGAAGCUGGCCCCUUUGAGACAUAGAAGAAUCUCGUUGGGAGGCACCGAUGCAUGGAGCUGCAACACAUCACCAGUGGCUGAUAAGGGCCACUUUGUGGUGUACACUUCUGAUAGAAUACGCUUUGUAGUUCCCUUGGUUUAUCUUGACAAUGUUAUCUUCAGAGAGCUCUUUCAAAUGGCAGAAGAGGAGUUUGGGCUGCCAGGAAAUGGCCCUAUCAUACUGCCAUGUGAUGCAGUUUUCAUGGAGUAUGCAGUCUCUUUGAUUCAAAGACAUGUAGCUAAAGAUCUCGAGAAAGCAUUGCUCAUGUCCAUAGCUGCAGAUCGCUGCUCAUCAUCUUCAUAUUUCCAUCAAGAUCAAUCCAACCAACAGUUACUGAUUUGUGGCUUUUGAAGCAAAUCAUUCUUUGAUUUUGUAAACAUUCAGAACAGUUGUAGCUUAUACAUCUAAUGAAAAGUCCCUCAAGUUAUCCUAA